AUGAAUGAAAAAAAUAAUAUUCGUGAUUUUUCAGACGAAUAUUUUAUAGAAAAUAAAAAUUUAGAAAAAGAAGAGAAUGAAAUAUUACAUAAAUUAAAAUCAACAAAUAUAACACAACCAUCACCAAAAGCAACAGCAGCAACAGAAACAACUAUUAACGAUAACAAAAAAAUAAAUUUAAUAAAUUCAAGCUAUUUAGAUAUUGUUGGUGUAAAUGAUUUAAUUGACACUCCAUUUGGUGAAAAGCUAUUAUCAUACAACGAUUUUACAGCAAGUGGAAAAAGUUUAAAGUCCAUUGAGGAGUAUCUAUUACACGAAGUUUUACCAUUAUACGCAAAUACACACACUUUAUCAGAUGCAACAGGGUUACAAACAACAUUGUUCCGUAGAGAAGCUAGAGAAAUUAUUAAACGUUGUUGUCGUGGUAGUAAUGUAGAUGAUGUUUUAUUAUUUGUAGGCUCUGGUGCAACUUCAGCAGUUAAUCAUUUGGUACAUUUAUUAAAUAUUAAAGAAUUAUGCAGAGACAAUAAAGAUUCAGUAGUUGUUAUUUUGGGUCCAUAUGAACAUCAUUCAAAUAUAUUACCAUGGCGUGAAGCUGGCGCAAAGAUCCUAACAUGUCCAGAGGAUACUUUAAAGGGUGGUGGUUCAGAUUUAAAAUUUUUAGAAAAUUGUUUAAAGCAAUAUCGUUCGAAAGAUGAAUUAUCAAAUAGUAAUACACUAAUUAUUGGUUCGUUUUCAGCUGCUUCAAAUGUUUCAGGUAUUUUAGAAGAUACAAUCGCAAUUACUGAAUUACUCAAACAAUAUAAUGCUCUUAGUUUCUGGGACUAUGCAUGUGCUGCACCAUAUAUACCAAUCGAUAUGAAUCCGUUAAAUGACAGUCGUUUUAAAAAAGAUGCUAUUUUCUUUUCACCUACAAGUGGUGGAUCAGUACUCUACGUAACAUCAGAUUCAACAACUUAUUUAGGUAAUUUUGAAGAGCGUGAAGAAGCAGGUACACCCGAGAUCAUUGGCAGUAUUCGUUGCGGUUUAAUAUUUCAAUUAAGAGAGCAUAUAGGUAUAGAUACAAUUAAAUCAAUAGAAAUGGAACACAGUCAAUAUUUUAGAUCAAGGUUAAGAUCAAUUAAAAAUUUAGUUGUUUUAGGUGGCGAUGAUAAAGAUGAAGCACAAAGUACAAUUCAAAGAUUACCAAUUAUUAGUUUUUUAAUUAGAUACGAACCAGAUCCAACAUUAUUUUUACACCAUAAUUUUAUAUCAUCCCUAUUGAAUGAUUUAUUCGGUAUCCAAACUAGAGCAAGCUGUGCAUGUGCAGGUCCCUAUUUAGAAUGCUUAUUGGGUUUAUCUAAAAAAGAUAACAAAGAGUUACUAGAAUCAAUAUUUGAAAAGCAAGAAGUUAUUAGACCAGGGAUGGUGCGUUUAAAUGUUAAUUUUACAAUGUCAUAUAAAGAGAUUGAUUUCUUAGUUCAGGCCUUAGAAUUUGUAUCAAAUCAUGGUUGGAAGUUUUUGCCACUUUAUACAUUUGUCGUCGCAUCUGGUGAAUGGAAGCAUAGAAGCAAAUUAACCAAAAUGUUUGAACGUCGUUGGUUAAGCAGCAUCAAUUAUAGUCAAUCUGGUAAAUUAUCAUUCAAUAGUAAAAGAAAACAAUUAGAUUUAGGUCAAUGUAACACCGAUCAAGAUAAAAUUAAUUAUUUACUUUUAGAGAAAUUUAAAUACCUUGACCAAGCAAACAUAUUAUUAAAACAAUUAAUUUCAAAUCAACCUAAAAUCUUACCAGAUCAAUCAUCAAUGUUAACCAAAGAAGCAAAUAGUUUAAGAUGGUUUGCAUUACCAACUGAUUCUUCAAAUAAAAUAAAAUUAUUAAAUGAUAUCAAUAAUAGCGCAGUGUUUGAAAAUGAAGAGAUAUAUAAUGGUUUAUUAAAAGGUUCAACAGUUAUUUCAUCAACUAUAAACAGAGAAGUUAUAAUUAAACCACAUAAAAAUUAUAUACCAGGCACAUUAGAUUUAAAUAAUAAUGAAUUAACAAAUUUAUUAAUUAAAUUUAAUAAUAAUUUAAAUGAUAAUAAUAAUAAUAAUAAUAAUAAUAUAAUAAAUCAAUUUAUUUAUCAACAACAAAAUAAUCAAAUAAAACAACAAAAAGAACAAAAAGAACAGGUUUUACAAAUAGAACAGGUUUUAGAAAGAGAACUAAAAGAACCAAUCGAAAAAGAGAAUGAUGGUAUGAUGUGUCCAUUAAAACCAAAGAAGGAUAUUGAAGGUUUAGUUAAAAGUAGAAUAUGUAUUAAUUGUUUUCAUGAUCAUAUUGGUGUAACAAAUGGUAAAAAUCAAAAUCAAAAUAAUAAUAAUAAUAAUGAUAAUAAUCAGAAUGAAAUAAAUCAAUCUAAAGAAUGUUUAAGUUGUAAUUGUAUUUCAUUUAUACCAAGAUUAGAAGGAAAUAAAAAAGAAAAGGUUACAAUUCAAAAAAAGGUUCAUUCAAAUGUUUGUCAGUCAAUACAAAGUUAUGGUAUGAUUAAUGAAGGCGAUAAAAUUAUGGUUGGUGUUAGUGGUGGUAAAGAUAGUUUAACUUUAAUUAAUACAUUAAUCGAUAUAAAGAGAAGAUCAAAAGUAAAGUUUACAAUUGGUGCUUGUACAGUUGAUCCACAAAGUCCAGAUUACGAUCCAAGUCCAUUAAAGAAAUAUUUCGCAUCUAUUGGUAUUCCAUACUUUUAUGUUAGUCAAUCGAUUAUGGAAACUGCAAAGUGUAUUAUGAAAGAAGGAAACAAAGAAAGUAUUUGCGCUUUUUGUAGUAGAAUGAGACGUGGCAUUCUAUACAACACUUGUAGAAAGGAAGGUUAUAAUGUUUUAGCUUUGGGUCAACAUUUAAAUGAUCUUUCUGAAUCAUUUUUAAUGAGCGCUCUCUAUAAUGGUAUCCUUAGUACAAUGAAGGUAAAUUAUUUAAAUGAACAAGGUGAUAUCAGAAUUAUCAGACCAUUGUGCAAUAUCAGCGAAAAUCAAACAAGACAUUACGCAAAGGUAAUGGGCUUGCCAGUAAUAGAUGAUAACUGCCCUGCAUGCUUCCAAGCUCCAGUUCAACGUUCAAGAAUUAAACUAUUAUUAGCCAAAGAAGAAAAUUUAAAUCCAAAUGUUCAUCAUAUUUUAUUCAAAACUAUGCAACCCCUAUUUUCAGUUUCCAAAACAAAUAGAGUUUCAAAAAGAAGCAUUGAUAACUAUAGUAAUGGUUUAAUUGUUGAUAAAAAUGGUUUAAAUAAUAAUAUCUCGGAUGAUUAA